CGCUUGCAGUGUUUAUAAGAUUUCGCGAAAUGACAUCUGCUCAAUAUAAUUUUUUACAAAUUAAAUUAUAUAUUUCUUAUACUUUUUAACGAACUAGGUAUUUAAUGAACGUUAUUAGUUAAUUUUAUUUUUGUAGUCUUUUGUUUGUAAAUUAAACAAAAUGGAGUCCAAGAAUAGACGAAUAAGCCCAUUUGCAAUUCAAUGUUUCGUGAGUGCCGGCGUGACCUUCAACAUGGCGGGCAUGGGGCUGGUGAUGGGGUUCGUCACUGGUCUACUGCCACAGCUGCGGAGACCCGACUCCAUCAUACAAAUCGAUGAUACAACUGGAUCCUGGAUAGCCUCUCUACCCGGCUUCACCAUCAUCGUGGGCAAUUUCAUCGCUCCCAGCAUCAUGGGCAAAUUUGGAAGAAGAACAGCUAAUCUAUGCAGCUUGGCCGUGUCAGUAACCGGCUGGCUUUGCAUCGUAUUUUCCAACACCGUCACCAUCCUUCUCCUGGCCCGCUUCAUCCAAGGCAUUGCAAUGGGCAUGAUUGGCGCCCUUGGUCCUAUCCUUAUUGGAGAGUACACCAGCCCUAAGAACAGAGGUCUCUUCCUCAUGUCCAUAUCAGUCAAUAUCAGCCUGGGAAUCUUCACAAUCCAAGCUUUAGGAGCAUUUUUGUAUUGGAAAACUUGCGCGUUAAUUUGUAUUGGUAUAGUUCUGUUAACGGUUUUGUUGGUGAUAUUGUCCCCUGAGUCACCAACUUUCUUAGCUGAUAAAGAGAGGUAUGAUGAGUGCAGGAAGGUAUUUAAUUACUUGAGAGGUGAUACGGAGAACGAAGAAUUGGAGAAGAUGAUAGCGGCAAAAAUGUUACUGAAAAAGGAGCAAAUAAUUAAAACGGACAUGAUGAAAGAAAUGUUGUUGUCAAAAUUUGAUUAUUUCAAGAAGACUUCGAAGAAAAAAGAGUUCUUUAAGCCGUUGUUGAUAAUGUUCCAUAUUUUUAUAAUGGCUCAGUGGUGUGGAGUAAAUAUACUGACGUCAUUUACGACAAAUUUGUUCGAGAAAGUGGUCGGUUUGGAUGCAGGAAUCAACAUUCCUCUGAUGAUAGUGUUAGUCGGGCUUCACAGAGUCCUAGGGAACAUAGUUGGGAUGGUUUUCAUCAAGACUUUGAGACGCAGAGUGGUGUUGUUUACGACUAUCAGCUUGAACGUUGUGGCCCUGUUCGCGAUAGCUGCUUACACUUACGCGAGAGACAACAAUUAUCUGCCGUUUGACGAGCCCGCUGUUGGUAUAAUUCUGGUCCACAUUCACAUGUUCUCUGUAGCUACUGGAGCGAUUCCUUUAGCGUUUGUUCUGGCCGGGGAACUCUUCCCGAUGGAGUAUAAGAGCCUGUGUGGAGGCAUCAGCAUGAUCUUCUAUUCUCUUAGCCUUUUCUCCAAUAUGAAGACUGUUCUUUUACUAUUUAACACUUGGGGUAUAUCUGGCACGUACUGCCUUUACGCUGGCGUGGUGGUGUAUUGCUUGGUAGUGGUUGGAGUACUCCUGCCAGAAACUAAAGAUAAAACCUUGUUGGAUAUAGAAGAAGGUUUUAGAGGAAAGAAGUUGUCUUCUUCUUAGUUUAUCACACUACACUGUGAAAGUAAAUUUAUUUUUAAAAGACUAUUAUAUUUACAUAUACACUAAAAUUGUAUAGAAACUUAAUAACAAUAAGGUAUAGGACCACGGGUUUUUAAAUAAAAUUGUAAUUUUAAGAUACUUA